AUGAGAAAAAAUAUUUGUAAUUUACUACUGUGGUUAGUUUUUGUACAACCAUCUCGGAGUAUAUUGACGCCAUUAGUGCAUAUAAGUCAAGGCAAACUGCGGGGUCUACGUUUAUUUGGGCAAAAUAGCUACUUAAGUAUACCUUAUGCGACUAGCCAAAGAUUCCAGCUUCCAAAAGAUCCUUCAAAAUGGCACGGAGUCUAUCAUGCUGUAAAUCCAUUCGUGAGAUGCCCACAAUUGAUGUCCUUUCUUACGACUGGGAACGAAGACUGUCUAUAUCUCGACGUUUAUACUCCAGAAAAGAUCAAACAAAAAGACAAACUUCCAGUUAUGGUAUUUUUUCACGGUGGAGCCUAUUUUAAAGGUAGCAAAGAACUUUAUGACCCAUAUUAUCUUGUCACCAAAGGCGCAGUAGUAGUAACUGUCAAUUAUAGACUAGGUGUCCUAGGAUUCUUAUGUCUGAAUGGUAUUUCCAACCUAGGAUUGAGAGACCAGGUGGCAGCUUUGGAAUGGGUUCGAAAAAAUAUUGCUUCAUUUGGUGGAGAUCCAAAUAAUGUAACGCUUUGGGGGCAAAGUGCCGGUGCCAGUUCCGCAGCACUACAUCUGUUAUCCGAGAGAAGUAAAGAUUUAUUUCACAAGGCAAUUUUGAUGAGUGGAACAGCGCUCUCCACUUGGGCGUUUAACAUCGAACCUUUUAAACCUGCAUUAGAGGAUGCGAGGAAAAUAUCUCCUGCGAGAACUGAACAUGAUGUGUAUCGUAUAUUUGCUCAAACGUCUUUACCUACACUUCUGCGUGUCACAUAUGACAAUUCCGUAAAUCCAAGAUACUUUAAGUACUCACCGUGUGUGGACAGCAAUUUUACACAACCAUUUUUCAAUGACACCCCAUAUAGCAUCCUCAAAUCGGGGCAAUUUAAUAAAGUGCCUAUAAUAGUAGGGUACACAGACAACGAAGGAGGAUUUUUCUAUAGGCUGUUAAGUGAUAAAUCAGCAAAAGAUUUAAAUGAAAAUUUUAAUUACAUGCUACCCUGUGUAUUUUCUUGGUGUUCAGAUGAAGAAAGGCGUGAAAUCGGGGCCACUAUGCGAUCACAUUAUUUUGGUAAUAAAGUUAUUGACUACAGUACGUCAGCCGAAAGCUUAAUAGAUUUCUAUUCAGACUGGAUAGCGUACGGGUCGAUUAAUGCAUUUUCAAGAAUAAUUACCCAAUUUUCUGAUAAACCAGUCUACAAUUAUCAAUUUUCUUAUGUUGGCGGCCGGAAUUUUGGGAAGGCGAUAUCGGGACUAUACUUUAAUGGGACAACUCACGCGGGUGAAUUGUUCUACCUAUUCAGACCACUGGGAAUUUCUCUUCCAUUAUUGAACAGCGACAAGAAAAUGGUAGAAAGAAUGACGACAUUGAUACAUAAUUUUAUGUUAAAUGAAAAUCCAACUCCAAAGAAAACGAGUUUGUUGCCUCUAACAUGGCCUUCGGCAGCGAAGAAUCAAUCAAACAUUUUAGUCCUAGACAAACAGUUGCAUGUGAUCGAUCAUCCUCGAAAGGAGCAGCGAGGGGACUUCUUUUUGAAACUUCUAUGUACUUACGGCAAAAGUGGUUACGUGCCCUGCGAAAGUGCUGAAAGGUGUCAAAGUAAA